UGUUACAGGUUUGCAGCACAGGUGACCGUCGCCGUCUUGUGAAAUUGGGACAAACAUGGGUAAAAUUGAGGCGUUUGACAUCACGUUUGACCAAAGUAAAGAAGUGUAUAUUCCCGGCGAAACUAUCUCGGGAACCGUGACAAUCAAGGUGGGGCAGAAGAUACCAUGUAAAGCGGUUAAGGUGAACUGCAAUGGAUUCUGUGGCCUCACCAAUAAAGUCAAUGACACAGCGUGGACAGUUGAGGAACAGUACUUCAACAACACAAUCUCUGUUGCAGACAAAGGAACACUGAAACAAGGAAAUCAUACCUUUGCCUUCCAGUUUCGCAUUCCAGGCGCUGCGCCAACAUCUUUUGAGGGCAACUAUGGUAGGAUUGGUUACAGAGUGAGAGCUUUCAUUGACACACCACGCUUUACCAAAGAUUACAACACAGAGAAAGCUUUCUACUUGUUGGACCCCCUCAACCUGAACAAAAUUCCAGAUAUAUGGGGACCCUGCUCAUCUUCAGUGACCCAGGAGUUCACUUACAUGCUAUUAAAAACUGGCACAGUGUUCCUGAAAGCCCAAACUGACAUGAAGGGUUAUACACCUGGGCAGAUUAUACAUCUGUCCGCCACCGUCCACAACAGGUCUGACAAGAGUACAGGCAACAUCAGUGCCAGCCUGAUGCAGAGGGUGACCUAUGAGACAAAGAGACCCAUCCAUGACGAGAGGAGCAUAGCCGAGGUGGAGGGUGGUCGAGUUAAGGCUGGCAGGGAAAAAGAGUGGAAGGAGCAGAUCAUUGUUCCUCCUCUUCCUCAAUCCUCCCUUGUUGGCUGUGACCUCAUAAAGAUUAAUUACUACGUUAAAGUCAGCCUGAAGUCUCCAGCUGUCAUGUUGACAUUACCCCUACACAUAGGGAAUGUCUCCCUGGACAAAAACUUCAGCUCAGCUCCUCUCACCACUCCAGCGUUACCUCCUCGCCCUGCGCCUCGUCCCGCUCCUCGUGCUGCUCCUCGAUCGAAAUUAAAUUCUCCAACCGCUCCCCCGGACGAACCCCACCAGAGAGCCGAGGGCGGUACACCUAUGAAUGGCAGCUUCAUGGAUCAGCAUUCUCAACUUGUGUCACCCGGUAGAUUUAGUUAUACUCUUGGCCUGUCUUUCUCUGACAGCCGUCACAACCAGCCUGGCACAAAUCCUCAAAUACUCAUUCCUUCCUCAGCGACUUCAACUCUUCUUCCCAGUAUGAACAGUGCUAGCCCACACAUCAUGCCUCCAGACUAUGGGAGCUCGGAAUACCCACAAGAGGCUCCUCCUUCGUAUGAUGAGAGCAUGAACACCUAAGCUGGGAGGACAAGCAGGACAAAGCAGCGCAUGACAUGAGUGUUGCAGCAACGCAAGCUCACACGUGGAACUUUUUUUCUUCAGUAGAGAAUUAUUAGUGCUUUGAAUGUACUUUAUUUGCGAUGUACUUUGGAGUUGUUUUUUUCCCCCUUGUACAGGUAUUUUAAAUUUGAAGAGGAAUCAGUACACAUUUAAUUUAUUUUAAAGUGGAAUAUUAAAAAUGAGAUGCCUUUAAUUCAUUCAAUAAUUUCUUCCACUGAUUUGUAAUGUAUCGUAUUCUUCCUUAUAGACACCAAUUACUUUUGUUGUAUAAAUGUUGAUUCAUGCAAUAUUAUGGAGAAAUACAUUACAUUCAAUUAUGACUGCAAUAAAUCAAUUAUAUUCUUCCUCAAACACAUUUUUGACUUGUGAGAAAAGUUGUGUUUUUUGGUGAUUAUUUAUUUCUACAUAUGUGUGCCCUCCAAGAAUGGUUUUGAACAGUUGGCACGCUUGCCUGAUGAUAAAAUGUCUAUCUUGUCAGAGUUGUUUAUUGUGUUCAAGGUGUACAAGCUAUUAUGUUUUUUUGGUCCCACAUAUGUGAGAAUGUAUAUGAUGAUGUGUAAGCAGCAAAUUAGGAUUUUGAGUCAAGUUUGGUGACCAAAAUAAGAAAAGAGCGGUGUAAUGUCCAGCCAGGCCAUUGUAAGUCUUUCUACAGACUUUGUUGUCUUUUUUACCUCCCUCUACUGGUAGAACGUUGAUACAGCAGACAAGUAGUCUUAAAUCAAGGCUGUCAGCAAGGCAUUCGGACAGUAAGUGACAUUGGGGAUUCGGAGUGGAGUUUUAGCAUAGCGUGGGUUACGGUCGCAACAGUGGCCUGUGUUGGGGAUUAUUGUGCCUGUUGUGCGAUCAUUCAAACCUGCAAUAAAAGUCUGUUGGU